AUGCCUCUCAUUUCUCAGGCCACUACAGUACAGGAAGCCUGGACAAAACUAGCUUUGUCGUAUGCAAAUGGUUCCAGAACCAGAACAAUGCAACUCAAGGAAGAACUAUCUUUCAUUGCCCAUGAUAACAAGUCUGGCCAAAGCAGCAAUUGCAACCGUAGGCAAGGUUUUUCUUCCAAUAACAAUUUCAACCAGAAAAAGCCCAAUGCGAUCAGUGAUCUACCAAUUCCGGCGACUGGAGUGGCUCUUCCUCAAAAAUUGCUAUUCACUCUUGAGUAUAAUGGAAUUGAUGAUGGCAUUAAAAUUACUGAUGGUAUUAGUCUUCCAAUUAUUCAUGCGGAUCUUGGGCCUAUCGCACAAGGACUAGCCCAUCUCUGUAAGGCUGCCGUAAAUUCCGCCAGAAUUGAGCCCACUACUUUAAUUUUUAUUGGUAGCUGGCGUUUGGUUAAGCGCUGUCGGCGUUGCUCUACGUAUCGGAAUCCCCAACUUCUCCGCCACUUUGUCGCCGGAUCUACGAUCAGGUUAGGUGUUCAAGGAACACCCAUGUCAGGUACUGAUAUUGAGGAUGUGAAAGAGCAAGAUCUUAAUGAUGGUAUCCUCAAAGAUCAAGUUGACAGUGACCUACAUGCAGAAGACUCAAAACAUUUGGAUGAAAAUGAGGAAAACCCCAUGCCCUCAACCCAGCAGGAGGAGGAGGUGAUCAAGAAAAAGUAUGGAGGAAUAUUACCAAAGAAGCCUCCAUUGAUAUCCAAGGAUCAUGAACGAGCCUUUUUUGAUUCAGCUGAUUGGGCAUUGGGAAAGCAAGGAGCAAAGCCCAAAGGACCACUUGAGGCACUCCGCCCAAAAUUGCAGCCCACACCUCACCAACAAGUUCGAUCAAGGCGCUCAGCUUAUGCUCCAGCUGAUGAUGGUGAAGAUGCUGGCAAUGAUAAUGAUCCAAGUUGUGAGGAUCAGAGCUGCACAUUAGAGAGCAGCAAUGAGAAUGACACAACUUCUGGUGACAAGAAGUGCAAUGAAUAGUGUGCGUGUGUGAGGACAUAUUAUCAUAUAUUCAACUGGAUGAGCACUUAAUGAUGGGGCCUGUAUUCUAUGCUCACAUGAAUAAGCUAAAUGUAGCAAAUUUUGUACCUGUUAUAACAACUAUUAACCAAUUAUAAAGCUGCUGAGAGAUGGGGCUUCUACAAUA